GUUCUGUUGACUGGUUUAAAGGCCCUCCUGAAGUAGUGAAAUAGCCUGGUUGUUUUCAAGACUUGUCUCAUCCCCGACGCAAUCCCUCCAGACUGAUUCUUAGCCAGUCAGAUUCCUGCUAUAAUGGAUGAAAUGAAUACUAUCGCGGCACUGAGCGAUCGGUGCGUUCGAGGCUUCGAUGAACUAUUUGAAACCUUGGCCACCGACCCUGGGGAGUGGCUGGAAGAUUUUGCUCUCGAAAAUGACUUUGCUCGAUUCAAGAUUUGGUGUCGCCAUAAUGGAGCAUCGACACAAGAGGGAGGCUCUCUCGAUGCCAAAUUGAAAGACUCGCCUGGGAUGCAUGACCUUGUUCUGACGUUCCUGCGCGAUCUGCAUAAUCUUUUAAAUUGCAGCCUUCGCAUCACGAGAGGCGUCUCUCAGCCAUUGGACUUGAAUCUACUGCCCGAAGUCAGGGAAGGAGAAGCAGGAGAAGCAGGAGAAGCAGGAGAAGCAGGAGAAGCAGGAGAAGCAGAAGAGGGAGAAGAGGGAGAAGAGUCCGACACGAGCGAUGAAGAAAUGGACGAGGUCGCUGAAUUACGGGCAGCAAUCCACGACAGUGUCAUGCAGCUUAAUCGUCUCAACAUCAAGAUCCAUAACGCCAUUUCUCUAUCAUCCUUGUCCUCCGCGUCUCUUAAUUCCUCGGAGAAUACGGAGGCUUCUCGAAGAAGCAAAGAAUUUGAAAUUGAAACAAGUCAAACACACUCUCGCGAUAGUUACACCGUCGGCUUGAUAUGUGGUCCACAUGUUCUCGAGUUGAGGGCUGCCGAAGCCAUAUUGGAUGAAACACAUUCGACUCUUCCAGCAAUCAAUUCAUCCGACAUGAAUCACUACGUCCUUGGCAAGAUCGGCGAUCACAACGUGGUGGUUGCUUGCUUGUCGGAAGUCAGAACUGGCAAGACAUCUGCCUCUAGAAACAUGAUCUACAGCUUCCCGGCUAUCAGAUUUGCGUUGAUCGUUGGAACUGGAGGUGGGGUGUCAUGCUAUAGCAUUCGAGUAUAUAGCGACUCCGUCGGCACGGAAGAAAAAGAGACCUCUGAAGACUCGGAAGCCGAUCGCUAUGUACAAGACAUACGACUAGGUGAUGUGGUGGUGAGCCUUCAUUCGAUGUUCUUUGAGACUCGUAUGAAGGAUGUUCAUAUCAAGUCAACAAGGGAAACGGGGUUUAUUAGGUCUGCCGUGGCUCAUCUCCAGUCGCAGCACAAGUUGCACGGUCACAGGAUCUGCGAGAUGUUAUCGGAAACCAUCUCAAAGUAUCCUCCGGACCUUGCAAACAAACUCAAAUACCCGGAGGCCAAAGACUACCUUUUCAGAUCGACCUUUGUUCAUGUAAAGGGGGAGGAGUCGUGUGAGGCUUGUCGCGGACCCUCGGAUUGUCACCUUAUACAGAGAGCAGCACGCGCUAAUAACUCGCCUCGAAUACAUUAUGGGACCGUUGGCUGGGUGGAUUGGGUGAUGAAAAAUGCCCUGAUGAGAAAUUUAAUGUCACUGGAGCACAAUCUUGUGUCCUUCCAGACAGAGACUGCAGACAUAAUGGACUUGUUCCCCUGCCUUGUCGUCCGAGGCAUCUGUGACUACGCUGAUUCCCAUUCCCACACAAACAAAGGCUGGCACAUGUAUGCCGCUGCAACGGCGGCAUCAUAUGCAAAGGAAUUCCUCCUUUCCAUUGCAGGGCAAAGUGUCCUGGAGCUCUCUAAAAUUGAGCAGAGCCUGUGAAACUGAGCGAUUGCUUAAUCUCUUUAUGGUGUGUGGGCGUUAGGCUAGGAUCUCUCACUAGCACACUCAACGGAAGAAGGAAAAUGAAAGAACAGAAAAUGAAAAAAAAGAAAGGAAGAAAGAGAAGGCUCUCAGCCGAAAGCU